AUGCUCUCGAAGUUAAGAGAGGAGCAGGAGAAGCCCAGAAUCAAGGAACUCGAUGACUUGGCUGCCAAGUGGCUAGACCAGCUAGAUGCUGAACGGAAGAGAGACCCUUCCAAGAAAGACAUUGUGCUUCUUCCUGAGGCUCUGUCGGAGUCGAUGUCUGAGAGAUAUAGAAUGCUUUUCCACACAGCUUUUGCCUUAUCGGCCUCUCUUGCCAUCCAGCUUCGUGAGGGUAAGCUGAUUAUGCAUGGAUAUGAGAACAGAAUUAAAGCGUUGGACUUGCCUUUCCAGCUGCCCAGAUUCACCAAAGAGGAGAUCGAGUCUGCCCUUACGUUCUACUUCAGACUCGCUAACAAGAGGGUCUUCAUGGAGGAGUUGACGUUCACGGACGAAGAGAUUUCCAAGAUCUUCAAAAGCUUUCUAGAGCUUGAUCUUUCCACGAACGACCCCGCCGUUAUUGAGGAUGCUAUGAAAAAAUGGAAUGUGCCCGCCAACUCUGCAUUGAACUGGUUCCAGACCUUCUCUUUCUGGGCAUCUAUUCCCUGUGAUGACAAACCAUUUUUGUUCCCUCUCGUCAGCCCUACUAUGAACUACGACCCACCAGCCUCGGAGUCUAGCUGGCUCAAGAAAGACGCCCAGAGCGAAUCGUCUGAAUCUUGGGAUACUCAACCUGAAAACAAGAAGAGCAAGGACAAGGACUCGGUUAUGGAUGACAAGAUGAAGCAGACGCUUGGACAAGUGAGCUACCUGCUUUCAUUGAUUCUUAUGGUCGGUAUCUUUGCCUACUUCUACCUUUCCGAUGGCGCCAACGAGGGCGAAAUUUCCUUCCAAGAGUUCUGCGGUGAGUUCUUGAGAAAGAACCUUGUGUCCAAGAUCCAUGUUGUCAACAACAAGACUGCCGUUGUUGAACUUAAUGAUAAUGGUAAACAGCUCCGUGGAGGCCAUGGUGGCGAUUUCUACUUCAACAUUGGCUCUGUCGAGUCUUUCGAGCGCCAGUUGAAGUCUGUCCAGGAUGAAUACAAGAUUCCUGAUUCAUUGAGGGUGCCCGUGGUCUACUCCACCGAGGGUAGCAUCGCUAAGAUCUUAGUCAACUUCCUCCCCACGCUUUUAUUCCUUGGUGCUAUCUAUUACAUGACAAAGAAGGCGAACCUCGGUGCUGGUGGACCUUUGAGCUUCGGCAAGUCCCAGGCCAAGAAAUUCAACCAGGAGAAGGAUAUCAAAAUCAGAUUCAAGGAUGUCGCGGGUAUGAGCGAGGCCAAGCAAGAAGUCAUGGAGUUCGUCAAGUUUUUGCAAAACCCUACCAAGUAUGAGAAAUUGGGUGCCAAGAUUCCCAGAGGUGCCAUUCUCUCCGGUCCUCCAGGUACUGGUAAGACUUUGAUUGCUCGUGCUACCGCUGGUGAGGCUGGUGUUCCCUUCUACUCUGUGUCCGGUUCUGAGUUCGUUGAAAUGUUCGUUGGUGUCGGUGCCUCCCGUGUGCGUGACUUGUUCAAGACCGCUCGUGAGAAUGCUCCUUCCAUUGUGUUCGUCGAUGAAAUCGAUGCUAUUGGUAAGAACAGAUCUAAGGGUAACGCCAGUGGCGCCAAUGACGAGCGUGAAAGUACUUUGAACCAGUUGUUGGUGGAAAUGGACGGUUUCGACAGCUCCAGUCAUGUGGUUGUUCUUGCCGGUACCAACAGACCUGACAUUUUGGAUAAGGCUUUGAUGAGACCAGGAAGAUUCGACAGACACAUUACUAUUGACAACCCUGAAUUGCAAGGCAGAAUCGAAAUCUUCGAUGUGCAUUUGCAAAAAAUCAAGGUUGUUGAGAACAUCGACAAGCAUCUCUCUGGCCGUCUUGCUGCUUUGACUCCUGGUUUCUCUGGUGCUGAUAUUGCAAACGUCUGUAACGAGGCAGCUUUGAUUGCCGCCAGAUAUAACGCUAAGGCUGUCACCUUGAGACACUUUGAGUUGGCUAUUGAGAGAGUCAUUGGAGGUGUUGAGAAGAAGAGCAAGCUCUUGGAUCCUAAUGAAAAGCGCAUUGUGGCAUACCAUGAAGCCGGACAUGCUGUGUGUGGCUGGUUCUUGAAAUACGCCCACCCCUUGCUUAAGGUCUCUAUCAUCCCUAGAGGCCAAGGUGCAUUGGGUUACGCACAAUACUUGCCUCCCGACCAGCAUCUCAUGUCUACCCUUCAACUUUACGACAGAAUGAUAAUGACCUUGGGUGGAAGAGUCUCGGAAGAACUCAAUUUUGCAUCGGUCACCAGCGGCGCUCACGAUGACUUUAAGAAGGUCACUCAGAUUGCCCAGUCUAUGGUGUUGAGGUUCGGUAUGUCUGGCAAGGUCGGUAUGGUUAAUUACGCUGACACCCAAAGUCAGGACAACUUGACCAAGCCAUUCAGUGACGAGACCAAUGAUGUCAUCGAUCAAGAGAUCAGAAGAAUCGUUCAGGAUUGCUACAGCCGCUGUAAGCAGUUGUUGUCUGAAAAGAGUGAUGCCGUCGAACUAGUGGCACAGGAAUUGCUCAAGAAAGAGUUCAUCACUAGAGAGGACAUGAUCCGUCUCUUAGGCAAGAGACCGUUCCCUGAAAAUAACGACGCCUUCGACAAAUACCUCGAUGGCAAGCCCGCCUACCAGAAUGAGCAGCCACCAGAGGAAAAGAAGGAUGACGAGAAGUAA